AUGACGAAGCAAAAGAUCUGGCUUUCUGUUUCACCUGCAUGGUUGCGGCAAAAGAGGGCAAGAUUUCCAACUCCAAGGCCGACGGCAGUUUUAUUCUGUAAUUGGAAGGAUGCCACUUCUAAAUUCCGGAAACAUCAAGAUUCCGACUGCCAUAAAGAAGCCGUGGAGAGAAAAGUGAAACUACCGCGAGAAACAAAAGACAUUGGUGAAGUUCUCUCAGCCGCCCACUCAGAGGAGAAAACACACAACAGACAGCAGCUGCUUACCAUUCUUCGCAACAUCAGGUUUCUUGCUAGACAGGGAUUACCACUCCGUGGCCACGACAAUGAUCAAAGCAACUUUCUAUAUCUUCUGAAGCUCCAUGGUGAAUCGGAUCCAUCAAUCCUCAAGUGGCUGGAAAGGAAACAAGACAAAUUUACAUCAGCAGAUAUCCAGAACGAGAUGCUACAAGUGAUGGCCUUAAAGAUACUGCGUGACGUCGCUUCUAACAUCAGGGAGAACGGCUAUUUCUCCAUCAUGGUAGAUGAGACAACAGACCAGUCAAAUCGUGAACAAGUUGUGAUUGUGAUUCGUCAUGUUGACAGUAACCUGGAUGUGCACGAAGAGUUUAUCGGACUGUGUAUGGUGCCAUCUAUCGACGCUGCAACACUAACUAAUGUGAUUCUGGAUGCAUUGGUGAGGAUGAACAUUUCCUUGAGUAAGUGCCGUGGACAAUGCUACGAUGGAGCCAGCAAUAUGUCCGGAGCCAAAAAGGGUGUGGCUGCUAACAUCACCAGCAAAGAAACUAGGGCUAUCUACACGCACUGUUAUGGACAUGCGCUCAACUUGGCAGUUGGUGAUACAGUGAAAAAAUCAAAGGUGAUGCGCGAUUCCUUGGAUACUGUGUUUGAAAUGUCCAAACUUGUAAAGUAUUCGCCCAGGAGGGAUACCAUACUGGAACAGCUAAAGCGUGAGAUGGCACCUGAUAGCCGGGAUUCCGUGUGCUAUGCCCUACUCGAUGGACUGUUAGAGCUGCCAGUUUGA